UUAUCCUGGCGAAGAAUAGCCUCACAAUUUAUGUUGGCUAUUAACCAAACCAUCCCUGUCAUGCAUAAACAGUCACUAACAACAUCGGUAUACUAGGUACUUUCCACAGUGACAACCUGAAUCUAUUUGAUGGUCAAUUCAAUAGUAUGUACGCGCAAGUGCAUAUAUACCCAGGGGUCCUUAUCUAAUGCGCCGCUUUCCCAAAUAUUGUGACUAUAACAGAUUGAUAGCCUGUCAUUAUCUCAGUCAGAACGGAUUGUAGCUCACAGUCCUUAUAUUAUUUCAUUGGUAAUUAACCCUCCAUUGCUGAAUUCUACCGAACUUACCAUCAUGUCCCCCAUCCUCAAAACCGUGGCAACUUUCGAGGAAUUCUCCCUUGUAGUAGAUUGCCUCUGGGAAUCCAACAUUGAUCCAUUUAACCCAUUCAUGAACAUCAUUGUGCGGAUUAAAGAACCUACAGCGGAAGGAGUAGCAGCUGCUGUUCAGGAGAUGAAGGAAUGCUUAUGGAAAACUCAUAAGGCGGAUAAGUAUAGUGUUUGGGUUUAUAUUGUUGAUGAAUAUGAACAUGGAGAAGAACCUGGAAAGGUUUUGGCCGGCGCGGAAUGGCUGUUUCACGAAGUUAAUCCGUUUGAGGAGAAGAAAGAUGACGAGAAACAGAAGAAUAAGAAUGAUGAGAUAGAAAAUGGUGAGAAAAAAGAAGAGGGCGAUAAUAGCCUCGGUUCUUGGUGGCCUGAAGGUGAAGCCCGAGACUUUAUGAAGAUUGUUUUUUCUCAAGUCUUUGGAUUUAGAGCGGAGAGAAUGACAAGACCUCAUACUCAUAAGCACACCUAUCCCAUUUCAAAUAUAUAUAUAUCCUCACCAAGUCACGUCAACCGGGACUUUUCUCUCAACCCUCACUAACAUCACAAGAACUCUCCAUGAUGUUUACCCAUCCCGACCACCGGUGUCGCGGUUCCGGAUCUUUGCUCAUGGAAUAUGGAAUGAGGAAAACCACGGAAAUGAAUGUAGAAGCACUAGUAGAAGCUACCGCUGGGGGAUUACCUCUUUAUGAAAAAUUUGGCUUCCGUACUAUUGAGAUAAUAACAAUUGAUACGGCUUGCAGAGGCGGAAAGCCAGGAUUCUUAUGGCUCAAGAUGGCGAAUGAGAUUAAAGGGAAGACUACGUGAUGGAUGUGGAAACCUAAACCGAGCGACGGA